AUGAAUAUAAUCACAUCUCAAGACUGUGAUUGUAAAAGGUACGAGUCACCAUAUGAUACUAAAUGGCAUUUACUUGUUUUAGAGGUAAUUCCGCCAUCAUCAUUUUGCCCAGAUGGGUUCACUGAGGCUUAUUUUAACAUUUUUAUUAAACAUCUACAAUUCUUUUCAAGUAGUGGUCUUCUCCUCUUGCAAUUAACAUCGAACAAUCGCUUGAAGGCCUCUCACGGGUUCAAUAAUGCUUGGCGUGGAAUCGGCGCCUCUUGCUCCGUUUUGCAUGCUGUUGCUACAGCUGUACGUUAUUUGUCCUUUACUAAGUCUUACUUUGUUAAAAUUGCAAUCUUACCUACUAUUAUUAUUGGAAGCAUUGCCUCAGGGCUGGGAUUGGGUGCUCUAGUUUUGGUACCCAUUCAAACUGCGUUUAUCAAUCCGAACAACUUACACAACUUCACUCAGUAUGCAUCCAUUUUCUCUAGCCCCGAGGUUGGAGCAAAUUAUCCAAAAGCUUGUUCUGUUUUGAGUAAAUUUUUUCCAUGCCUUCAAAUAAUCGGGUUAGCUUUACCUCGGGAAAAGCAAUCUGAUACAACAACGUCAAAAAAAGUUUUUUUGUUAUUUAGGUCGAACUUUUCAUUGAGGCGCCUUCGAUUGGCAAAAUAUUCCUACUCAAAGCCUGAGUUUGCCAUUGAAUGCGUUUCCUGCAAGAUGGAGCUCCUGUUUGCAGCACUCCUUGGAAUUUAUACAUCUUCCCAAGAGUUUUUGUUAGGAAUAGGUCUUUUUUGCUUCAAAACAGAUGGAAAGCAAAUGGUUUGUAAGAGUAUUUCACUGAAUAAACUUUACACGUGGUUUUCUUCACCUUUCACAUUGCGCAAAUCAUCCAAACGCAUUAAAUUACAAGGAGUGUUGAAUUUUAUUAAAACAGCAAUCCAUCUCAAAAUGAGGAGGAUUUUUGUCAUUUUUCACAGCUUAUGCGAACUCAUGCAUCCUAAAAAGCACUUGCAAAUUUUAACAAGUAAAUAUAAAAAGGUCAACAUCCAUAGGUGGCUGAACAGUGGAAGCACAUAUCUUCCCCAUCACGACAACGGUUUAAGUGUUAAGCGGCAAAAUGCAGUCCAUCCAUUUGCUACUGACACUAAAGCACUUAAAUUAGCAUUUGUAGUAGAGGCAGAAUUUGCCAGAAUAAACAUCAGUUGUCGGAAAAUGAAAAUGAAAAUGAAGAUUUAUCAUGGCUACGCAUUUACAGUGGCUUCUUCUGAAUCACCACAUGCCUCAUCAUCCAUGGGACGUCAAAGAAAAGAAAGACUAGCUUUUAGUAAACACAAAUCUCAAAACGCAAAUAAGACAGCCGAAGCAGUAUGUUGUAAAUGUGUAUUUAAAAAUUAUGACAGAACUCACACACUCGUGAUAUUUGCUAUCCAAUCAUCUGAAUGUUUUCCACCUGUUCAUGCAAUCAUGUUUCAUUCAACUGCAUUCUGCUUUAUUUUGCUUAGAUUUGAUUUAAUCUAA